CUUUUUUUUCAGUUUCCCCCUUUGUCACACCAGUAUAUUUCAACCGGGGGUCUAUUCUAGAGAUGUGCCGCAGAAGGCACUGGGAGGACAUUGCCUGGGCCAUCAGCUUUUAUAUCCGCUAUUUCAUCACAUUCGGUCCUUUCUACGGAAUCUUCAGAACCAUGGUGCUCAUAUAUUCAGCCAAGUUUUUGGAAAGUGUCUGGGUUGCUUAUGUUACCCAGAUGAGCCACAUACCAAUGAAAAUAAGCAAAGAGGAGAACCGGGACUGGUUCAGCUCUCAGGUCUUGGCCACCUGUAAUGUUGAACAUUCCUUUUUCAAUGACUGGUUCACUGGGCACUUGAACUUCCAAAUUGAGCACCAUCUAUUUCCCACAAUGCCACGCCAUAAUUAUCACAAGGUGGCACCUCUGGUGAAGUCACUGUGUGCCAAGCAUGGACUACCAUAUGUGAAUAAGCCCAUGUUGAAGGCAUUUGGAGAUAUUCUCAGGGCCCUGAAGAAGUACGGAGCCCUCUGGAAGGAGGCUUACUGCACACAUCCAGAAAUAUAAUCCAGAUGUGCUGGUGCUAAAGAGAAAAACCACAGGCCCCAAAAGUAUCACUUGUGCUAAAGCCCAUGAUACCAAACCUCUAUAAUACCUGACAGAAUUCCACUUAAAGCCUUCCCCAGAAAUACAAUCUUAAUCAACUAGUCUGGAAUUUUGGGGUAGGCAGUGUGGUGAUAAUCUGUUGCAUUUUACCCCUUCUCCAUUCCUGCCCCUGGC